GAAACCAGUCUAACAGGUUUCCAUUUCCGCCGAAUUCUGUAUAAUCAGGAAGCCAGUAAACUUUUCGUUUUCUCGAAUUUUCCGAGCUUGGUAUCAAUAUUCAACCAUGGCAAACCUUAGCAGAAGCGAUCUUGUUGUUUUUGCUAAGCUCGCAGAAGAUGCCGAGAGAUAUGACGAUAUGGCAGAAAAAAUGAGGAAGGUUGUAGAAAUGAAUGAGCCUCUGACAAACGAGGAAAGAAAUUUAUUGUCGGUUGCAUACAAGAAUGUUGUUGGCUCUAGAAGGUCAUCAUGGCGUGUCCUCUCCAGUGUGGAAAAUAAAACAGACCCUGCUUCAGAAAAGAAAAAAAUGGCGGCCACAGACUACCGCCAGAAAAUUGAAAAAGAGCUCACAGAUAUUUGUUCAGAUGUUUUAAAGUUAAUUGACAACCAUUUGCUCAAAGGAAAAUCUGAUGAUGGCCAUGACAGUGAAAGCCAGGUCUUCUAUUUGAAAAUGAAGGGGGAUUACUUCCGUUACCUUGCCGAGGUCUCACUUAAUAAUGACCACAAAAAGGAAGUCACCGAAAAAUCAGAAGAAGCCUAUAAAGCAGCAAUGGAGACGGCCAGUGCUUUACCUACAACACAUCCUAUUCGUCUCGGGCUUGCUCUAAACUUCUCUGUAUUUUACUAUGAGAUCAUGAAUAAUCCAAGCAAAGCAUGCGAUCUUGCAAAGAAAGCUUUUGAUGAUGCGAUUAAUGAACUGGAUAAUUUGAAGGAAGAAACGUAUAAAGAUAGCACUCUGAUCAUGCAAUUGCUGCGAGACAACCUCACAUUGUGGACAUCGGAUCACGGAGAAAAUAACGCAGAUGAUGAUCAAGAUGAAUAAGGACACAAAUGUUUCGAUACUUUCUUCAUAUAUGGACAUAACAAAAUGAAUGUUUGAAUUUUACUAUUGAAGCAUUUUUGCUUAAUUGGCUUUUACCUGUCACAUUAAGCCAUUGUUUAUUCGUAUAUGGACACAAAGUAGUAGAGAAAAUGAAGUUUACAAA